GGAGGGGAGGUGGAGAGAGAGUAAGGAGGGAGGGAGGGGAGGUGGAGAGAGAGUGACAGAAGUUUCAGCUCAUCACACAACCAGGACAGACGCUAGCGAACACACGCACACAUACAGACGCCAUGCUGCUCCCGGCGAUCGCUCUGAUUGGCCUGCUGUGCCUGGGCCACGCCCCCCGCGCGCUGGGACUGGCCCGCCUGUCGGAGGACGCCGAGCUGCGCUCGGCCUUCUCGGUGGCGCGCACCAACAGCAUGGAGGGCGGGCCCAAGAUGACCGUGACCUUCGACGCCGUCUACGUCAACAUCGGCGGGGACUUCGACCCCAAAGCCGGGAUGUUCCGCUGCCGCGUGGCGGGCGCGUACUACUUCUCCUUCACGGUGGGCAAGUUCCCCCACAAGGACCUGUCCGUCAUGCUGAUGAAGAACCGGAACGAGGUGCAGGCCAUCGUGUACGAGGAGAACGCCGGCGAGGAGAGGAAGGUGCAGAGCCAGAGCGUCAUGCUGCAGCUGGAGUUCGGCGACACCGUGUGGCUGCGUCUCCACGGCGACCCUCGCUACGCCCUCUACAGCAACACCGGCCACUACACCACCUUCAACGGCUACCUGGUCUACCCGGACACCUACGGCUUCCAGACGCACCACCACGCCGACCCCCACCCGCAGCAGCCCCGUCAGCAGGCGAGGGAGGCAGAGGACGAGGAGGACGAGGAGGAGGAAGAGGACGAGGAGGACGAGCAGAGAUCCGCCUUCUCUGUGGGGCGCACCCAGAGCAUCGUGGGGGUCAACCAGGCCGGCCUGCCGCAGCACCGCCCCGUCGGCUUCGACGCCGCCUUCGUCAACAUCGGCGGCGACUUCAACGUGACGGAGGGGCUGUUCACCUGCCGCGUGGCCGGCGCCUACUACUUCUCCUUCAACGUGGGCAAGCUGCCGCAGAAGACGCUGUCCGUGAAGCUGAUGAAGAACCACCUGGAGGUGCAGGCCAUGAUCUACGACGACAGCCAGGGCGAGAAGGCGCUGCAGAGCCAGAGCCUGAUGCUGGCGCUGAGGGCGGGGGACACCGUGUGGCUCUACUCCCACCAGAGGGACGGCUUCGGGGCGUACAGCAACCACGCCAAGUACAUCACCUUCACCGGCUUCCUGGUCUACCCGGACUCCCCCAACUCCACCAGCACCAGCCAGUCCCGCGCAGACAAGAAGCCCUAGCUGCCGGCCCGGGGGGGGGGGGGGCAGGGACUGUGAGCGGGACCUCGGAAUGAAUGGAUGACUUUGUCGCACGCGGCGUUCUGACUCCAGUAGCAGUUUAAUUCAUGUCUUCAGGUGGUGACCACUCGGGGGGGGGGGCCCUUCUCCCGGGGCCCCUGUAAUAUGCAUGUCGGUGUAACCCCCCCCCCCCCAUCGGGACCAUGGCGCCCUUCCCCUGGUGGUGAACCUGGACUCUGUGAAACCGCUCUCUCUCCGUUGGGGAGGCGCCGCGUGAAGAGACACUUUUUUUAUGUUACAGUUAAACUUCUGUUUCAGUCGUUUGGAGCCAUUUGAUAUCAUCCUUCUUUCUGAGGAGCGUUUGUUUUUUUUGGGGGGACGAUGGGAUGUGUAUUUUUUCAUCACAGCGCUCGGCGGUUACUCUGCGGAUCAGGCCCACAGGACAGAGGCGGGUAGCAGGCUAGUUAGCGAGGUAGCUCGUCCUAGUUCCGCCAUGAUGUAAAAGAAAAAGAAAAGAAAAAUGGCCGCCGCCGCGUUGCUGAUGUGAACGACGCCGGACUCCUCCUCUCUGCUUCUGCGAUCAGACGUUGAGGCGCGUGAAGCGACUUGAGCGUUACUCAUCCGAAGCACUUGUGUGAUGCAUGAUUGUAACAGAAGAAAAACCCGCGUUACACUGUUAAAUGUGUGUUGAUUACGCUUGUACAGUAACUGACGGUGUGUUGGAUGUUUCUGCUCUGUGCUUCUUUCUUUUCUUGUAUUACAAACUACGUCCAGCAAACCUGGGGCAAAACAGAGUAAAACAACGCGCAUAUAAUUGGGGAAUUAUGUGUUCCAAAAAUUACAAAUACAACCAUGAUGGAAAAAAAUAUAUAUAAAAAAAUAAAUAUAAAAACAAAAAAGAUUUUGCCCCAGGUGUUUGAGUAUUUCUUUCAUGUGAUGAAUGCUUAAAUGGAAAUGUUUAACAAAAUUAAAAAAUGAAUGAAAGUACA